AUGCUGGCGUACACCGACGCUCGGCCCGGGGAAGUACCAGCGGUGCUUGCUGCAGACGGAGGAGAGCGCCCAGGGCACGCAUCCUUUGCGCCAGUCGCCCAGGCCGUGGCGCACAGCAGCACCGGCUACAUACAGCCACUGGUGCAAGACCUCCCCCUCGAAGCAUUCGGCGGCGGCGUGCUUGCACGAGGAGUUGACGCACGCACAAACGAGCUGCGCAACCCAGGUUUCUGGGCAGACGCGGCGCCUCCGCCGCCGCUCCCACCGCCAGAGGCGCCCCAGGAGCCGGAGCUGCCUGGAGACCAGCACGCGAACGGCCCUGCCGCCGAGGGAGACGCCAACGACGGCGACAGCAACUCCAGCACCGAGGAGACCGACCACGAGGCCGAACCAGCGCAGGCCCCAGCCCCGAGCAACGGACCCACCGAAGAGUCCUGGGCAGCUCUCGGGAGCAUCGACCUCCAACAAGAGCUACGGAGAUUCGUGCCGACACUACAGAACGUGCCACGUUUCCUGCGCGCGGAGACCCGGAUGGCGUUCACCACGGCCCUGAAGAGGAUCAAGCGAGGACACGACCAGGGCAACCAAGCAACAACCCACCAAGGAUGGACACUGUUCCUCCUCGCCCCGAGGCUCCUGCUAAGCAAGCCCAAGGGUGCCGACGCCGAGGGCCGACAAGAGCUCUUGGAACGCGCCCAACGGUUCCGCCAGGGCGACUGGCUGGCCCUGCUACACGAGGCCAACACCACGGCCGGCGCGCGCGCAGCGCCGAGGCCAGCCACAGAGGUGCAGCAGCAGGAGAGACGCAGAGAACAGGCUUGCGCGCACGUCCGAAACGGCAACCCGUCACGGGGGAGACAAGUCUUGACCGCGGCGGCGAUUGCGCCCGGCAACGGGGAGACACUAAACAGGCUGCGGGACCCGGCCCGCCGACCGCCUACCCUGAGCCGCCGACUACCCGCCAACCUUGACCGCGCAACCGACAGAGCGAGACUCGACAAGACCAAAUUCCUCGCUUGCCUCCGGUCCGCCAAAAAGGGCACGGCAGCAGGACCGUCGGGGGUCCGCGUUGAGCACCUCAAGCCGCUGCUGGAACACGAAGAGCCCAUGGACCUGCUUGGAUUCGCCGCCGCUGCCCUCGCGGAGGCGCGGGUGCCCUCCCCGAUUGCCCGUGCUCUAGCCCUCUGCAAGAUGACGGCACUCCAGAAACCAGACAACGCCCUCUUCGCUCUUGCCCUGCACGGAGCGCCGGCGGGCGCCUCCAAGACCUUCGAGCAGGGGGACUUCCUAGUCGCUUUCUUGGACGACGUGUACAUCAAGACCACCCGGGCCAGGGCCAGAGCCGCUUUCGACACCACCACCGGAGCAAUCCACCUCCACGCAAACGUGGAUUGCCACCUUGGCAAGUGCCGGGCUUACAGCAGGGGCGGAGCGGCCUACUGGGGCGCUUGGGCAGACGCCCUACACAUGCUCCACCAACGGCGCCCUGUUGAAGCUGCAGCGAUCAGGGACCUCCUCGACGGCACCAGGCCCGGCCGUAGGGGCAACCUUGCCGCAGCCGCCGCGGCCGCACAGCUGCUCGAAACCGAAGGCUUCCGGAGACCCUCCUGGACCGACCUGCUCCAGGGGCUGCGCCCAGAAGCGCCACCGCGCUCGGAGGCCGCCGAACCGGUGGAAUGGCAGCACGGCUGGCAGUUCCACGCUUGUUCCGCACGCAACACACACUACAGGGACAACGUGUUCAUGCCCAGCCUCACCAGGGCCAACCAGGCCAUGCUAAGGUCAGGCUCAGGACCAAGGGCCGCCUACUGGCUUCACACCUUACCCACCACGGAGGGGCACGUGUUCAAGCCCGCGCGGUUCCUGGCAGCCUGGCGCCGGCGCCUCAGGCUCCCGCUGCCGCUCCUCCCGCACACGUGCGGGGCAGCCGGCCACCCAGGCUGCCGGGCCCGGCUGGACACACUGGGAGACCACCUAGCCGCGUGCCCACGCACUGGGCUUCUCGCCAGACGCGCGAAACCGCUCGAACGAGCUUGGGCGAGGGUCGCCAGAGAAGCAGGAGGGAGAGUUGUCCCCCAACAGCUGCUGCGGGACACUAACGCCGUCGUCCACAACCCGCUGGACCGCAGACAAUUAGACCUAGUCGUCUACGGCAUCUCGCCGAACGGCGUCCCGCUGUGCUGCGACAGCACCAUGGUGUCCCCCCUACGCAGGGACGGCUGGCACCGGCCGCGCACCUUCGACACCGACGGCGCCGCGCUACUUGUGGCCGAACGGCGCAAACGACGCAGGUACCACGAACUCACGACCGGCCAUUCAGGCCGCCUCAUGGUCCUCUCCUGCGAGGUCGGAGGCAGGUGGGGCCGCGACUCCCUCCAGCUAGUACGCCUGCUUGCCAAGCAGAAGGCGCGGGCCGCGCCGGCCCUCCUCCGCCGCUCCGCGGAGCUCGCGUACACCAACCGCUGGUGGGGGUUCCUGAGCGUCGCGGCCCAGGACGCGCUCAUGGCCACCCUGACGGGCGACGGCUACCUAGCCUUGGGGGGAGCCGCCGGGGAGGACGACCCAGACCUGGCCGAAGUGCUGCUCGCAGACUCCGCCG